AGGUGUCAUUUCACAAGUGUUGCCAAAGGCAGAGUGGGUGUUUUACAAGUUAUGUUGCUUUUCAAUUGCAGAAAUAAUGGAAGAUUCCCAUUUCAACUCAUCAUACUUUUGGUCUCCCGUACCAACAGUACAAGGACAGAUCGAGAAUGCCAUGUUUCUGAAUAAGAUGAAAGAGCAGCUGGGGCCGGACAAGGGCAGUGCUUUUCCGCACUCAUCGGCGGCGCAUUACUCUACGGCAGUGCUGACGGUGCCGGGCUCGGUCGCCAUGGACACCGGAGCCAUCGGGAGGUUGCCGAAGCAGGAGGGUGGAGGCGGAGCUGGCGGGACAGCAGGGGCGCAAAUAGCGGGAGUGGGAUCACACCUGCACCCACCUCACACAUCUCAGAACAUCACGGUGUUGCCCGUCACCUCUACUGGCAUCAUGACGGCAG